AUGCCCCGGGAGGUGGGGGAGCAGGGCUCGGGGGGCGGGGUGGUUGGGGGAGGGGAACACGGGCUGGGAGACGGGGUGGUGAUGAGGGGGAGAGGAACAGGGCCCGGGGCAUGGAGGACAGUGCCCGGGGGGGAGGGGAGCAGGGCUCGGGAGGUGGGGUGGUUGGCGGCAGGGUACAGGGCCCGGGGGCUGCCCCCCUCCCAGUGCAAACUGUGCGGGAGUCAGCACCGAGAUCCCGUUCCUGGCGCCCCCAGCCUGAUCAGCAGCUGUGCUUUGCCACUGGGGUCCUGGCCAACGGGGCCUCGUGUCCCUCCAGCAUGCGCCCGGCCUGGGGGCUGCCCCCACAUUGGGAAUCUGGCAGCACAUGAGCAAAGCCCUUGGGGCAGUUGGGGGGGCCCUGGGCUGGAGAAUCCAGAUCCCUUUGUGGGCCAGGAGCACAGAGGUGUUGGGCAGCCACCCCCUGGCCCUGACUGGCCUGUGUUUGUCAGCUGGAGGGAGCGCAGCCCUGGGCACUGGACUGGGGUCCUGGCGGGUCGGGUGUGGACGCUCAGGCAGACCGAGGAGCAGCUCUGGUACAUGGUUCAUGAGGAGGAGGAGGAGGAAGAGGAAGGCAGCCACACAAAGGCCACGGGGCAGGAGCUGCAGCCCAGGGGAAGAGACGCAGGGGGGAGCCUGCACCCUGAGGCCCCCACCAUGGAGGCUUCGGGUGGCACGGACAGCUUUGAAGCCCAGCAGAUCCUCCAUGACUACUUCCAGCUGGACGUAGGCUUGGCCAGGCUGUACCAGGCCUGGGGCGCUGUGGACCCGCACUUCCAGAAAGUGGCUGCCAGUUUCCCAGGUGUCCGCGUGCUGCGCCAGGACCCCGUCGAGUGUCUCUUCUCCUUCCUCUGCACCUCCAACAACCACCUGGUGCGCAUCACAGGCAUGAUUGAGCGCCUCUGCCGGGCCUUUGGGCACCGCCUCUGCCAGCUGGAUGCAGAGCCAUACCACGCCUUCCCCUCGCUGCAGGCCCUAGCUGGUGCUGACACUGAGCGACGGCUCCGGGCUCUGGGCUUUGGCUACCGGGCAAAGUUUGUGAGCCAGAGUGCCCAGGCAGUGCUGAGGCAGUUUGGGGCCGAGGGGUUGCACCAGCUGCGAAGCACCCCGUACCCAGAGGCCAGGAGGCUGCUGUGCGCCCUGCCCGGCGUGGGGGCCAAGGUGGCAGACUGCGUGUGCCUGAUGGCACUGGACAAGGCGGAGGCGGUGCCUGUGGACACCCACGUGUGGCAGAUUGCCCGGCGGGACUACGGCCUGGAGCUGGGCUCAGGCGCCCGGUGUGUGACGAUGCGUGUGCACAGUGAGCUCGGAGACUUUUUCCGGCAGCUCUGGGGACCCUACGCAGGUUGGGCGCAGGCGGUUCUCUUCUGUGCCGAUUUAAAGAUGUUCCGGCAGAACCCCAGCACAAGUGUCAGGACGAAGGGGGGCCCAGCCCGUUGCAGACCCACCCCUGCCCUAGAAGCAGGGGGGCAGGACUCAGCUUCGCCUGGAGCCACUGGCACUCUGUGCACAGAAGCAGCUCCAGCCCUUUGUGCCCUGACUGGCAAAUGCCACCGUGGGGCCAGCCGGAAGCAGCUCGGUGGGGGAAAGUGCUGCACUGGCCCCUCCCCACAGGGGGCUGGGCACUGAGCUGCACUGCACAUGCUAAGCCGCUCCUGCUGCUGGCAGAGGGGGAGAGAAUAGAGUAGGGGGGACCCAGUUACAGCCUCUCAAGGCUGUGCUUGGCUGGGGGCUGGGUGUAUGAACCAUGCAGAGCAGCUGGAGGGAGGAGGGGGGCUCAGUGCAAACUCAGCCAUGUUUACAGGCCAGGCUGGAGCCCCCACCAGGGCGAAAGGCCAGUGCCGGCCCAGCUUGGCUCAGCACAGCGCCCCUAGGAGAAAGCUGGUGCCAGGCAGAGGCUCCUGAGGCGCAACUGCCGGCCUCUGAUGAGCACAGCGUGGGGGAGGGCGCACAGGAGCUGGGCUUGAGACCUUCCCUUUGGCCGUAAUGCUGGUGCCUGCUGCAGCGCUGGGUGCCGGGGGGGCUGGCCAGAGCUGCUGGGCCUGGCACUGGGAGAGGCACAUGGCCAGCCUGCAGGGUGGGACCCUGGGGGAGUUUGCCCUGCAGAGUCUGCCAAGGGGUCCCAUGUGCACUCAGCAGGGGGCAUGGAUUCACCCUCCCCCUUGGGUCCCCCCACCCAUGUCACAGGCUGGGGGGCCUGGGGCACUGACCCAGCAGAGCCUUGCCUUGGCCUGGCCACAGCAUGAGUGGAGGUGGGGGGAACACACGCCCCACAGGAGCUCAGGGCAGCUCCCUCGUCCGUCGGGCCAGGGCCCCAGUGAGCAAAGCCACUGCCAAGCUGCAUUCGCUGCUUUCCUUUAAUACAAGCCUCAACAUCGA